AUGGCCGCCAUCAUACCGCGAGAAAUUGUACGGCUCCCAGAAACCAACCAUGAAGACACGCUCCAACAGGCCUCGUCGCGGAAGAAAGUGAGUCUCGCGUGCCUGUCUUGCAGACGGCGGCGCACAAAGUGUGACGGAGGCGUGCCGUGCGCUUCCUGCCUUUCGCGGAAUACCGAAUGUGUCAAGGACGAAUUCGACGAUGGCCGGCGCAAGCUCGCAGUCAAACGGCGGCUCGAGUCUCUAGAGAAGGACCGCCAUCUUCUGAACGCCCUGCUCAAUGCGAUCCGCACGGGAGAAUCCAACCAGCUACACGCCCUGAUCGGCCUAAUACGAAACAACGCCGCCCGGCAGGACCUGGCCGACUUUCUCGAAAACGGGUCCGGUGGCAUCAGAGGAGGAGUAGUCGACGCACUCAACCGUCGUAUCGACUCAUCCGCGGUACACAGACGGAGCCGCAUUCGCUAUGGCCGUAUUCAGGAUAUUGUGAAUCCUCCUAUAUUAGUCCCCGCGAGGCCGUGGACGACAGUGACCAAUGAUGACGACUUCGUCUCGCAUCUCAUGUCUCUUUGGUUUACCUGGGCUCACCCCUGGUGGCACUGGGUGGACGAAACCCUCUUUCUCGAAGCAAUAAGAUCGCGAGACACUUCGAGUCUGAUAUGCACUCCCUACUUGGUCAAUAUGAUCCUCGCAGACGCCUGUUUACUCGAUACGCUAGCGGAGGAUGGCUCAGAUCCUAACCACGAGAUCCGGGAGUGCUUCUACAGCGAAGCCAGAAACGGCCUCGAUGCCCAGGAAGGCGAGGUCUCGCUGGCAAUGGUGGCAACAUUGGGGGUGCAAUGGACAUACCUCAACAUAAACGGCCAGGACAAGCUGGGCAACAGCGUCCUAUACCAGCAAAUCUUCCUCUCCAAGCGACUGGGCAAGUGGCGGCAACGGAUCGGAAGAAGUCCCAGCAUGACCCAGGAGUAUCUUGCCAAAAUCGACCUCUGCCUUAACCAGCUCGAGUGGACGCUGUACGCGCUCAACCCGCUCAUCGGCCUCGCGCUGAAGCAGGUCCGCGUGUUCGACAGGCCGACCUCCCGGCCGAAGCCUGUGUCCGAUUGCAGAAAUUGCACAGAAGAACAGAAGACUAUCGGGUACUGGACGCCAUAUCCCAUCCCGUACACAAGCAUCGAAUGGCAUCCAACCUGCCACUACCUCGCAUUCAUCUCCCUCGCGGAAAAGGCGACCCUGGACGAGAACUUGUUUGAACAGAAGCGGAAAAACGACAGCGAUGAGACCAUGGACAAGUUUGUCAGUGUCUACCAUGAGGUCGAGGACUGGCCGGAGCAUCUCCCCGAGUGCAUGAAAUUGCACGGCAAAGCCAUGCCUCAUGUUAUUGCCUUGCACUGGGUCAAUAUUACCAUCUCCAAACAAACCGCCGCCCUCGACGCUGGAAAAUCCAGCCAACCGUCCUUGGCGAAAACACCUCAGUCGUAUAAGCAAAGCCACUGGGUGGAAGUCUGCAUAUCAGCAUCCAAACAGAUCAGCAACCUCCUCGAGCAGAUUCGCCUGAAUUGGGGCACCGACCAUUUCCCCGUCAUCAUCAUGCAGCCCGCCACCAUCGCGGCCUUCGCUUUGCUUGAGGAACUGACCGACCGACCCGAGUCUCAAGAGGCAUUCUUCAAACUCUGCAUCAUCCUGCGCGCCGCGAGCCGGAGGUUCCGCGUGGCCCGGGGAGUUUGGCGUCUUUUGCACCACACCGUCGAAGAGAAUGGCAUCGUGCUGGCCGAUGAAUGCCAUCAGUUACUAGCCGAUUUCAAUGCCCGGAUGGACGUGGACCCGAACGUGGCCGUCAGCAUCGAUAACAUCGGGCUGGAUUAUUUGCUCGAGAAGUGGGAUGAUCUGGAUCUUGACGGGGUAUAA